GAGAGAGAGAGAGAGAGAGAGAGAGAGAGAGAGAGAGAGAGUUUAUACUUCAAAAUCAGAAUCGAUGGAGCUGUCAAGUUGCACAACAAAUGGUGCAAUUCUACUUUUCAACUCUCUGAAUCCUUUUCAAACUCCCCGAAAUUCCUACUUAUUUAGCACUUCAGAAAAGAGAGAUUAGUUUUUUUAAAGAGCUGCUGGCCUCACAUGAGCACACAAGUACUAAAUGACCCACAAACACAAACCCAAAACUCAAAGGCCACCCCCACCUCCCAUAAGUACACCCAUCUAUCUUUCAGCAAAAAUCAAAGAGAAAAAAAGAGAAAGAAAAGAUCAUCAAAAUUGCCAUGGAUGAGUUGAAAUGUUUAAGGGGUUGGUCUUGAUUAAUUAGCUGGCUAUGAUGAGAUUCAGAUGGUGAAGCGAGGAGGAGAAGGAGGAGUGAUAAUGGCUUCAAGAUGCCAAGACUGUGGGAACCAAGCAAAGAAGGAGUGUGUGUACAUGAGAUGCAGGACUUGCUGUAAGAGCAAAGGGUUUCACUGCCAAACCCACGUCAAAAGCACUUGGGUUCCUGUCUACAGAAGACGCCAACAGCAGCUUCCUGCAGCAGCUAUUCCUCAACAGCACCUUCAGCUUCAUCAUGAACAAGGACAUCACCACCAAAACCCUAAGAGGCCAGCUGAACACCUCACCAAUCCGUCUUCCUCAACAAGGCUAGAUCAAGAGGUGAAUUUUCCAGCUGAAGUGAAUUCCAUGGCAACUUUUAAGUGUGUUCGAGUGAGCUCAGUGGAAGACAUGGUUGAUCAGCACGCUUAUCAGACGAGCGUGGUGAUCGGAGGGCAUGUAUUUAAGGGAAUUCUCUAUGAUCAAGGUCCUGAUCAUCAUCAUCAAAAUUGUUACACUACUGUAGGCCAAAGCUCCAGCUCCCAUCAUGUAUUGUUAAAUAGGAAAACUAGUAAUUCUAUUAAUGCUGCUGCAAAUACUGCUUCCACUUCAUCAGCUCCUGAUCCUGCAGACCGAGUACCACAGCAUCACCCUCCUUCUUCAUACCCCUUGAUUCCCUUUAAUGCUUUCAUGCCUGGUACGCAAUUUUUCAUUAACCCAAAAUGAGUCUUAAUUAGGCUCUCUCUCUCUCUCUCUCUCUC